AGGCCUUAAUCUCCAGCGUAAUGGGGGUCUGCCUCGAGGUCGUGGAGUGGGUUUCUCAGGAUGCUGGGCAUGAAACUCAGUUGUGUAACGCCGCUGAAAACAGGAAGACAGAGGACAAUGGCUCUGCGUCACAGAACGAACAAUGCAGCACCUCAGCAGAACAAUGACAACAUUAACAUUGUCCUUCUGGGGAAAAAAGGAGUUGGGAAAAGUUCAUCAGGAAACACCAUCCUGGGAGAGGAGAGAUUCAAGUGUGGAAGAAGUCUGUCUGCUGUUACACAGGAAUCUACUGUUCAGAGAUCAGUGAUUGGUGGCAGAUCUGUGUCUGUUAUUGACACUCCUGGGUUUUUUUGUACUAAUCUUUCCCAAGAGAAGCUGUCGAGAGAGUUUGCGAGAAGUGUGUUUCUUUCUUCUCCAGGAGUUCAUGCGUUUUUAUUUGUCGUGCCGUUUGGCAGAUUCACAAAGCAGGAGGAAGAGAUAUUGGAAAAAGUGAAGAAGGUUUUUGGUAAAGAUGUGCUAAAGCAUGUUAUUCUCCUCUUCACAUAUGGGGAUGAAUGUAUCAGAGAGAGAAUGGACGAAGAGAUUGAUGGGAAUGAUGUUGUCAGAAGAGUUGUUCAGAGUUGUCAGGGUUAUCACGUCCUCAAUAACAAAGAUCUGACAGACAGACAGCAGGUCAGUGAUCUUCUGAUGAAGAUUGACUCAAUAGAGAGGAAUCAGGGCUACUACACUAAUGAGGUGUAUGAAUGGGCACAAAAGUGGCCAUUGGAACAAUAUGGAAAAUACUUAAAGACUAUUUUAAUGAAGUGAUUGCUUUUCUCCGGAACCGGUCUUUAAGUUUUGAUAAUAGCCACUGGAGACAAAGAAUGGCUCCGUAUACGAGACUAUGAUUAUGAUUUUUUUUUUAAAGGCUUACAGCA